UGUAAGUACACUGUAAAAAUACGUUCACUGUGUUUGCCUUGGAAGCAGCUGGAAUAUUAUUUAACAGGUUAGUUUAUGACAAGGCAUAAAAGAGCCUGCCAUGCCUAGCUCCCUCCUGUGGGCAGUGGAUGUGUAUGGGAGGGUGUACACCCUGUCCACUGCCAAGCAGUGCUGGGAGCUGUGUAAAGAUGCUCAUCUGGUGUUCAAGCGGCUCACCUCGGUCCAGCAAUGCUGCUGGGGAAUUGCGGGCGAUCACCAGAUCUACCUCUACGUGCAUUGCAGCGACGUGCCCAUCAGAUAUCAGGAGGAAACCUAUGAAAACCAGCGCUGGAACCCUGUGGACAAGUUCUGUGAGAAGUUGUUGCCAAGCGACCGCUGGCAGUGGAGUGAUGUCACCGGGCUGAAGCACCAGACCCUGGAUAGUUUCAGGCUGCCAUCGGAGCACUGGGAGUGGGAGACAAACUGGUACGUGGAUGAGAGCAUUGAUGGGGAGCCCACAGAAAAGGGGGGCUGGAUGUACGCCAUCGAUUUCCCUGCCACCUACACGAAAGAUAAGAAAUGGAAUUCCUGUGUCCGUCGCAGGCGAUGGAUCCGAUACAGGAGGUACAAGUCACGGGAUACAUGGGCCAAGAUCCCCUCUCAAGAUGUUGGUCCUCUACCAGACCCCUUCAGUGACAUCACCGUGGGGGGUUGGGACAUCACGGAUGAGCCAAGGGGACAUCUGUCACUCUGGGCAGUCUCACUACAAGGGAAGGUGUGGUGCAGAGAAGGAAUCCACCAUCACAAUCCUGAGGGCUCUGUGUGGACAGAGGUCGUGACCCCCGGAGAGGUGGUUCAAAUCAGCUGUGGGCCGAGUGACCUCGUCUGGGCUGUACUGUGGGAGGGGCAUCUACUGGUCAGAGAGGGGAUCAGCAGAGAGAACCCUAAAGGCUCUUCCUGGGUGGUGGUUGAUUCCCCAAGUACAGAAGUUGGUGCAAUUCACGUAGCAGCAGGCAUUAAUGUUGUGUGGGCCGUCACCAAGGACAGAAAGGUGUGGUUUCGCCGGGGUGUAAACUCCCACAACCCCUGUGGAACGGGCUGGAUCGGAAUGGUGGGAGAAAUGGUCAUGAUGAAUGUAGGACUGAACGACCAGGUGUGGGGAAUCAGCAGUGAAGACAGAGCUGUGUAUAUCCGUCAAGGUGUCACGUCCAGCGAACUCAGUGGAAAGACCUGGAAAGCCAUUGUUGUAGCUAGAGAUGACGACAGGUCCCACUCUGAAAGCGCCAACAGCCUAGUUAGUGACGGCUGCUUUUUCAGCGGGGAGGUGAGGGUCCAGUCGCAGUCAUCUGUUAUGAAUGACACCGAGUCGUCUUCUGAAACAGAAAGGUCUCGGGCUGCAAAGUCCACCUCACCCACGCAUGCUGACGCCAUGAAGCGUAGAAUCCCUAAAGUGACCAGUGACAGCUUCAUCUCAGAGCUGGUCUCCGACAAAGAGCGUAAGCCAGGCAGGGACGGGAGGGACUGCCAGGAGGAGGGGGCACCCCAGGAACAAGACCAGGAGCGUGUCCCCCAGGAGACAUCCAUCGAGCUGGUCUCGCAGUCCUCCGGUCAGCAGGGGGCCCGAGACCUCCAGUGGAGUAACGUGGAUUUAGAAGAAGCUCAGACCCCCCUGGCAGCUGCAGCUUCAGACACCACGGAAACCUCCAGCUUGUCCUCUGUAGCUACUUACAACUUGGAGGAGCAGUAUGGGGUGGGUGAGCACCCUCUCUGGGCCUGGGUCUGUGGAGGGGGCUGUGCUGUGGAUUCUCACACCCACUUAAACUGGUUCAGUGCAUCGACAGGCGUGUCCGCCUCUGUACAGUCCAUGUCCCUGUCUCUCACCCUGGCACAAAUGGCAGUGUGGCGGAAACAGAUCUUUGAGCAGCUGAGCGAGCGGUCCAAGAGAGAGGUGGAGAAUUUCAGGCACUAUGAGCAAGCUAUUGAGCAGUCUGUGUGGGUGAAGAAGGGCGUCAUGCAGUGGUGGAGAGACUGGAAACCCAACAAGUGGAUGGAUGUCCGAUUUGCUCUGGAGCAAUUUUCAGGGACCGACGGCAAUCAAGAUGGCAUCCUCUUCAUUUACUACACAUUCAAUGACGAAAAGAAGUACCUCCAUGCGUUUAUAAAUGAGAUUACUAUACUGGUCCCUGUUCUCAAUGAUACAAAACACACGUUCGCUAUCUAUACACCGGAAAGAACCAAACAGAGAUGGCCAAUACGACUGGCUGCUGCUACCGAACAGGAGAUGCACGACUGGCUAGCCCUUCUGAACUUAUCCUGCUGUGAUUCAAGAGGGAUCCAUGGUCCUCCUUCUAAGCAGGCGAUUUGGUCCACUACAUGCAAGGGUGACAUCUUUGUUUGUGAGCCUGCUUCGAAUCUGGAGGCGUUUCCCUAUCCAUUGCCCUGUGAUCAAAUGUUUUGGAGACAGAUCGGAGGACACCUGCGCCUGGUGGAAAGUAACAGUCUGGGAAUCGUAUGGGGUGUCGGAUAUGAUCACACAGCCUGGGUGUACACUGGAGGCUAUGGAGGUGGUUUCUCCCAGGGGCUAGCAAGCAGCACUGAUAAUAUCCACACACAGACAGACGUCAAGAGCGUUUACAUUUAUGAAAAUCAGCGCUGGAACCCAGUAACUGGCUACAGUAGCAGAGGUCUUCCCACAGACAGGUACAUGUGGAGCGAUGUGACCGGUUUGCAGGAAUGCACGAAAGGAAGCACUAAGCCUCCAUCUCCACAGUGGACCUGGGUGUCCGACUGGUGCAUUGACUAUAGUACUUCAGGUGGGACUGACAAGGAGGGUUGGCAGUAUGCUGCUGAUUUUCCUUCGACCUAUCACGGAUACAAGACGAUGAAAGACUUUGUGAGGCAGAGGCGCUGGGCAAGGAAAUGUAAAAUCACCACGACUGGCCCGUGGCUGGAGGUUCCUCCCAUCGCACUGUGGGAUCUCACCAUCCUGCCCUGCUCCUCUCAGACCUCUGUGGAGGAGGUCUCACUCUGGGGCAUCAGCAACAAGGGAGACGUCCUGUGUCGGAUCGGAGUGACACGGCAGAGCCCAGCAGGCAACUCCUGGCUUCACGUUGGCACAGAUCAGCCCUUCAAGUCUAUCUCCAUAGGCGGUGGCUACCAGGUGUGGGCAAUCGCCAGAGACGGAUCGACGUUCUACCGCGGAUCUGUCUCUGCUCAGAACCCUGCAGGAGAUUGCUGGUACCACAUCCCCUCUCCACCCAGACAGAAGCUGAAACAGGUGUCGGUGGGGCGCACAUCUGUAUACGUUGUGGAUGAAAACAGUAACCUGUGGUACCGCCAGGGCCUGACCCCCAGCUACCCGCAGGGGUCCAGCUGGGAGCACAUUUCAAACAACGUCCGCAAAGUGUCUGUGGGACCUCUCGACCAGGUUUGGAUAAUUGCUGACAAAGUUCAAGGCAGCCACAGUCUGAGUUGUGGCACUGUAUGCCAUCGCGUUGGGGUGCAGCCAGUGGAGCCUAAAGGACAAUUGUGGGACUAUGGAAUUGGAGGUGGAUGGGAACACAUUACAAUCAGAGGGAACUCCCAGGAAGCCCCCAGGAUUGUUAUGCCAAUGCCUGCUGAAAAUACUUUGGAUAAAAGUGGCCGUGUGGCAGAGGAGGGUGGUGGAGAUGGGGGCAGGACCACUUCCAACAGCUCAGUACUCAGUAUCAAAGAAGAGGAACUGAAUGGAAACACUGUGAGUUGUUAGCCUGCUUCUCUUGUCCCUUGUGUACCUCUUAACAUGAACAUCUCAAAGUUAUUCCUUCCGUCCUUCAUUACUUCACAACUACGGAAGACCACCAGCCCAUAUUUUGUACAGCUUCUUUAUUUUUGUGUGUGUGUGUGUGUGGUUUUACAUCUCUGUGUUAGUCCCUUGUAUUUAUCAACAUCUCUUUUUCCAUUGUUUGAAUAUUAUUACCUAAAAUAAAUCCUAAAACGGAAAUUAGCAUAGGUGAAUAAGGGUGAAAAGCUGCUAAGGUCACAGUCAAACGAGGCAUUGCAACCAAAAUGAAGUAUGUUUAUGUGGUGUGAAAAGAAAAUUGAAUUAGACUAGGUAAUCUUUAUCAGCUCAGGAGGCUGGCCUUGGUCACGUGAACUGUGCUAUUCCUCUUACUCUGGUAUGCCACUAAAUACUAUAAAAUAUGUCACUGUUCCUUCUUUAUCCAUUUAUCCUGGCUUCCAGACUUACAGGAGAUGUAACGUUAUCCUUUUUGAUAAGAAGUAAGGCAUUUUAAAUGCACCGUAGAGGGACCCACCCAUUUUAAUAGCCCCUGGGUGUAUUUUCUGACACACCUAGGAAGGGUUUUUCAGUCUCAACACUUGCAAAUGAAAUGUUGAAACCAAUGCAUUGGUCAUUUUCUGCCUUUGUACAGACCUGUGUACUUUUUUAAAAACAAAUAAUAAUUAAAUAAAUAAAUAAAAACAAAGAAUGAAAGUAUAAUCACAGAUUGGACAUCUUUACAACAACCUCCUUAUCUAAACACAUUAUUUAAAAAAAAAGAGAACUAAAACAUAGCUGAAAUAUGUCUGGUUUUUGUACAUUGUUUAUUGAUGCUGCAGUAUUGAUGUUUACUUUUGUCCUGGUUCAGUGUCUACCAAAACAAAUUGACCUGAAGUUUAAAUAAAGCAAAAAAGCAGUAAUGAACAUUAUAUAUGUGUGUGUGUGUGUGUAUGUAUAUAUGAACAUUAUAUGUGUGUGUGUGUAUGUAUAUACAAUUUUUUAUUUUCUUUUUUACUGGAAUACAGUUGUAUGCAAAUCGUGGGUGGCAUAGUUCCUUCUUUGAGUCUGAAUUGCUGUUUGCGACUGGCAAAAAACAGGCAGACUGUGUAAAAUUAUUUUAAAAAGUUUAAUAUAUUUGUCAGACAAGUAUUUUUUAUUUAUUUUUUUUAAGUUAAAAUUGUCUACCUUUCAUUUGCAAUAAUACACUUGUUCAUAUGGUGCUUUUGUAUUUCGUUACAGUUUUGGACAAUAUCAGAUUUAUAGAGCGGUCAGUCUUGUUUGUCUGUUGCGCAUAGAACUACUAGGAGAGCAAACCCAGCUAUUCACAGUCAAUAUCAGGUGAAAAAAUUGUGCAUUUCAAUUCUCUUUAGAGUAAGUUUAGUAUAUAACUAGUAUACAUUCCAAACACACAUGAAAUGUGAAUUAUAUAAAUUAACUGGUUCAGUUUUGUUUUAGUUUAGUUU